UGUUUAAAACAUUAAAAUCGUGCAGCAGAAGAGGCUGCGUGCGCUGGUCCCUCCCUCCCUCCCCCACCCCAGCCCCGAGACGUCAUGGGAGGGAGGUAUAAAAUUUCAGCAGAGAGAAAUAGAGAAAGCAGUGUGUGUGCAUGUGUGUGUGAGAGAGAGAGGGAGAGGAGCGAGAGGGAGAGAGAGAGAGAAGAAGAAGAAGAGAGAGAAGGAGAGAGAGAAAGGGAAGGAAGCAGAGAGUCAAGUCCAAGGGAAUGAGCGAGAGAGAGGCCAGUGGUAAGGGAAGGAGCGUGCAAAGCAAGGAAUGACCGCUUUCCGGAGCCAGCUGCAGUGAACUGUCUUCUAUUUUCUUUUCCUUUUCCUUUUGAUUUUUUUAAAGAGAAGCAGGGGACAGAAGCCAUGGCCGAGGGAGAAGACAAACUGAGGUGCUGGUGACCGUGGGCGUCCAAGUGGAUUACUGGGGCUGUUCUCCAGAGGGUUGCCAGCGCUUCCUGGAAGUCCUGAAGCUCUCGCAGUGCAGUGAGUUCAUGCACCCUCUUGCCAAGCCUCAGUCUUUGGGAUCUGGGGAAGCCGCCUGGUUUUCCUCCCUCUUUCUGCACGUCUGCUGGGGUCUCCUCCUUGCCAGGCCUCGCCGCCCCCCUGGCCUCAGCUCGCACAUGAAGAUGCACUUGCAAAGGGCUCUGGUGGUCCUGGCCCUGCUGAACUUUGCCACGGUCAGCCUCUCUCUGUCCACUUGCACCACCUUGGACUUUGGCCACAUCAAGAAGAAGAGGGUGGAAGCCAUUAGGGGACAGAUCUUGAGCAAGCUCAGGCUCACCAGCCCCCCUGAACCAUCGGUGAUGACCCACGUCCCCUACCAGGUCCUGGCCCUUUACAACAGCACCCGGGAGCUGCUGGAGGAGAUGCAGGGGGAGAGGGAGGAAGGCUGUACUCAGGAAAACACCGAGUCGGAAUACUAUGCUAAAGAGAUCCAUAAAUUCGACAUGAUCCAGGGGCUGGCGGAGCACAACGAGUUGGCCGUCUGCCCCAAAGGAAUUACCUCCAAGGUUUUCCGCUUCAACGUGUCCUCAGUGGAGAAAAAUGGAACCAAUCUUUUCCGGGCAGAAUUCCGGGUCUUGCGGGUGCCUAAUCCCAGCUCCAAGCGCACUGAGCAGAGGAUCGAACUCUUCCAGAUACUUCGACCAGAUGAGCACAUCGCCAAACAACGCUACAUCGGAGGCAAAAACCUGCCCACCAGGGGCACUGCGGAGUGGCUGUCUUUUGAUGUCACCGACACUGUGCGCGAGUGGCUGUUGCGAAGAGAGUCCAACUUGGGUCUGGAAAUCAGCAUUCAUUGUCCAUGCCACACCUUUCAGCCCAAUGGAGAUAUCCUGGAAAACAUUCAUGAGGUGAUGGAAAUCAAAUUCAAAGGUGUGGACAAUGAGGAUGACCAUGGCCGUGGAGACCUGGGGCGCCUCAAGAAGCAGAAGGAUCACCACAACCCUCACCUGAUUCUCAUGAUGAUUCCCCCGCACCGGCUCGACAACCCAGGCCAGGGAGGCCAGAGGAAGAAGCGGGCCCUGGACACCAACUAUUGCUUCCGCAACUUGGAGGAGAACUGCUGUGUGCGGCCCCUCUACAUUGACUUCCGACAGGACCUGGGCUGGAAGUGGGUCCACGAACCUAAGGGCUACUAUGCCAACUUUUGCUCAGGCCCCUGUCCUUAUCUCCGCAGUGCAGACACGACCCACAGCACGGUGCUGGGGCUGUACAACACCCUGAACCCGGAAGCGUCGGCCUCACCUUGCUGUGUGCCCCAGGACUUGGAGCCCCUGACCAUUCUGUACUAUGUCGGGAGGACCCCCAAGGUGGAGCAGCUCUCCAACAUGGUGGUGAAGUCGUGUAAGUGUAGCUGAGGCCUGCAACAGACGAGGGAGAGCUGCCCCUGCCCGACUGCCCGCGCCUCGGGAAACCAAAGUGACAGACCUCACCUAGAGGCCUGGCGUCCACAACCCUCGGCUCCUGGCGUUUGGCCGAGACGGAGGCUUCCUUCUGGAACAUUUCUUUCUUGCUGGCUCUGAGAAUCACUGUGGUAAAGAAAGUGUGGGGUGGUUAGGGGAAGGCGAACUCUUGGGAACACAGGUUUUCUGUGGUGCAGACAGAGGUGGUGGGGCUAGAGGAAGAGGAUGGCAAGUUGACAUGUCACGUGGCAAUGGGACUUGGGUACAGUAGGGAGAAGGAAGGACAAAGGAUGGUUGGGUCAGGCUYAGACUGGAAGACUCUUCGGAUCUGAGGUCAGCUUUGCUCAAUGCUGUACCACAAUUGCUCUAGGGGAAUCUGGAUGGUGUCAUAGGAGGCAAGCACUUUCCUUCAGACAGGUCACCAAGACAAAGUCCCAGAAUUGCACCUGGUACUACCUGGGAUUAAGGACAAUUUUUUUUUUUUAAUUGUCAUUUCCACAUCAGGCAGCAUCAUGGGUCAUUCCAGGUAAUGUAAUAUGGUUCCUGGGCCAGCAACUGUAUUGGCCCCUGGAGAUGCUGAACUCAGAAGCAAAGGGUGGGAACUGGCCCUUUCCUGUCUGCCCUCCGGGUCCCUCCUCUCGCCUUCAUCCUCAAUCACAUUUCCCCUUGGACAUUUGGCUGGACACCUUCCAGGCCAGGGUGCACAUAUCUGGAUUCUGGUUCUGUGCAGCCUCUGAGCAUGAGGAGUUCCUCUCCUCCAAGUUCUCGAGACCUUGUGUCCACCUGGUCUUCCUGGAGGCUGGUGCCACACGGGAGGCAUCUGGGGAGGCUGCACCACAUGUGCCAUGUGGUGACUGGGCCCAAGAUGAGUUGACUGAGGUAUAAAGACAAGUACAAAUAUCACUCUCAAAAUCUUUGUAUGAAUAAAUAUUUUUGGGGAAUUGUGGA